UAAGUCGUCCCUCGCAGAAAGCGCUACAUUCUUCUUCCUUUAUUUCACUGCCUAGUAGAGAACAGUCCCCUUGCCCUAGCUCCUCGAUCGAGCGAUUGUUUCUCAGUAGAGGAGCUCCGAUCGCGUUGCUCGCCGGCGCCUAGGCCGGCAGCAGAGAUAGCACAGGCAGAGGCAGCACAUCGAGCACCAGAAGAAAAUUCCCCUCAUCGCGAUCGCGCUAUCUUGCCCUAAUCCCUACGCCCAAAUUUAUUCCCCCCUUUUUGACCUAGAACUUGUUCUUUCCGCGAUCGACAAUGCGGCAUCGGCGAUGCCGCUUCUCCGGUAAGAAAUCGUUGCGAUGGACGCCACAGCUGUGACUCGCGCGAUCGCGUGAGAGGAAUCGGCGAGAAUUUCUGGGAAUGGCGAGCGUUUUGCCGCUGGGGCAGAUCCUCUGUGGCCGCGAGAUCAGUGCUGGCAAUAUCGGCGCUCGAGGACUGCCUUUGCGGGUGAGGGUGAGUUUCAUCGGCAGCUCCAGGAGGAAAUCCAGCAAGUAUGACCACUAUUUCGCUUCUUCCAAUGUGGAUCUCGAGUCGGCCGAGGAGAAGAUCCAGCGCCUUACCGCCACCGUCGAGAGGCUCAAGGCACGCAUUGCGGAGCUGGAGGGUUUGGUCCCAAGCACAAGAUCUCGCGUGGAAGAGAGCAUGGAGCAGCAGCCAACUCCAAAGCAACUUCUAAAGAGCAUCACGAUGAACGUACCAGUGUUGAAGCCGGAGCCAUCGCAAAAACUGGGAGAAAUCGAUCGACUACCGAGUAUCGUCUGGCCGUCCCCGAGCGAUGAGAUACCGCUUUGGAACCGAGGUCGACUGAGGCAUGAAGUAGCAGGGCUUGGGUCGACAAAGGACGUAGAAAACGAUCGAAAUCCACUCUAUAUCAUCCAUGUCACGGCGGAGAUGGUGCCUCUAGCAAAGGUUGGAGGUUUGGCGGACGUGGUUACUGGUUUGAGCCGGGCAUGCAUUGACAGGGGACACAAAGUGGAGAUCAUGAUUCCUUUCUACGAGUGCAUACCAGGUGAACAGAUCAAAGGCUUCAGUCCUGGUGAAUCCUACUCGUCUUAUCACAACGGGAACUGGAUCUCGGUUCAAGUUUACCGAGGCAAGAUCGCUGGAGUGUCGGUCUUACUUGUCCAGCCGAAGAACCAGUUUUUCAAGGGGUCAAGUAUCUAUGGUGGAUCUUACGACGAACUUGAAGCGUAUUUGUUUUUCAGCCGUGCUUGCUUGGAGUGGAUGCAGGUGACAAACAAUCACCCGGAUAUCAUCCACGCUCAUGAGUGGCAUACUGGAGCUGUAUCGAUGCUUUACUGGGAUAUGUAUCAUCACUUGUCCUUGAAGAAACCAAGACUUGUGCUUACUAUUCACAACAUGGAGCAUUACGGAGAAUGCAGGAUGGAACAGCUCAACAUGUGCGGUCUAGAAGGUUCAACUUAUCGCACAUCUGAUAAAGUAGAAGCUGUCGAUGAUCGAACAAUCGGACACAAUCCUGAGAGGCUCAGCUUGCUCAAGGGAGGGAUUGUGUACAGCAAUGCUGUAACAACUGUGUCACCGUCUUAUGUCAAUGAGACGCUUUGCUCGGGAUGGCUGUCAAGCACUUUGAUGAAGCACCGUUCCAAAUAUUUUGGGAUCCUGAACGGGAUCGACACAGAGCUAUGGAACCCGGAGACAGAUCCUUACCUGCCCGUGGGAUUUUCAGCAACGGAUUUAAUGGGAAAACAAGCUUGUAAGCAGUAUCUACAGAGAGGCCUUGGGCUUGAACCGGACGAGUUGCCCACUCAAAGGAAGACAUACCAAGAAUGCAAGCGUUCGCCUUUGAUCGUGUGCAUCACGAGAUUGGUGGCUCAGAAAGGGAUUCAUCUUAUACGGCAUGCCAUGUAUCACGUAGAUCAAAUGGAUGGCCAAUUCGUGCUUCUAGGCACGUCACGCGAUCCUCGUGUGAAGGGAGAAUUCGAGCACCACGCUACAAAGUUCGGGGAUAGUAAGAAGGUGCGAUUGCUGCUGACAUACAGUGAGGAGUUAGCGCAUUUGCUAUAUGCAGCAGCGGAUAUCGUACUGGUGCCAUCCAUGUUUGAGCCUUGUGGCUUGACUCAGAUGAUUGGGAUGCGAUAUGGAGCGAUUCCUGUUGUCCGAAAGACGGGUGGCUUGGCCGAUACUGUUUUCGACGUGGAGCAUUCGAAAGCGAUUGACGCCAAUGGGUUUGUUUUCGAAGGAAUCGACGAGAGGUCGCUCAACAGUGCCUUGGAUCGUGCUCUGCAACAGUUUUGCGAGAAGCCCCACCACUGGCAGGCUUUGGUUUCGAAAGUUAUGCUGCUAGACAACAGCUGGAACAAAUCCGCUAGGGAGUACGUCAGUGUUUACAACUCUGUGCGUGUCUAAGCUAAGCGAGAUAAAGGGAAUGAAAGUAUGGAAUAAUUAUAAACUGUGACAUGAUCGUAACUCCAUGACUCUAGGAGCAAAUCAUGGAAGUUUAAAAAACUACCAAACUACCACUUUCUUCGAGUCAAA